UAACAUUUUAGUUCCCUGCCAUCGACGUGUUACCAUAGGUUAGCUUAGCUUAGCAUAGCACACCAACCAGCUAGGUCGUGUCAGGGGCAAAUAAUAAUAAUUCGUGAAUGAUUAAAAUGUCUUCAUGGAGAGAUUUGGCAGACCCCCUGUAGUAACUGUACAUUAGUAGCUUGGUACCUUACAAUAAAUGUUAAAACAUUGCACAGUUUUGUGAAAUUCUAAUGUACUUAAUCUGAUUUGAUUCUAGUAGAGGGUUUCACCAUGGACACGUUUGUCACAGAGACGUUGACUGCAUGGCAGCUUGAGAACUUGAUUGACACAUUUAAAGGCCAUCCACAGACACAAAGAAAGCCCUUGCCGUGGCAUUGGUGUAUGAAUUCCCUUGCCUUUUGGAUGGUACAGACAGUGGCUAUGUUUCCUGGAGGAGCGCUUGAGGAACGUCAGGAAGCGCAUGAGAAUGCUGAAACGACCACGCCACCAAGAACAACAGAAGGAACAGACCGUCCCUAGUACACCAGAUAUCACAAGACUUCCAGCAGCUUCAUCCAGAGGCAGUGGGAAAACUGUUUCAGAACUGGGCUACUAUGAGUGACCAAAUCCUUACAUAUGCCCAGCGAGAGGGAAAACUGCCCUUGGUGUUUGAUGACAUGACACCAGGCCGAGCUUUGAAAGUCCUGCCGACUCUGCUUCCUCCAUCGGUCUACAGGGUUGGAGGAAAAGUCCACAGACCGACCAUAGAGGAGUCCCGCGAGUCCUUCAUUAAUAUCCAACCAGUGGGCACCAACAUGGUACAGUACCUACAGACAGCAGAGAGAACUCAACCCUUCCCGCACAUCUUGUGUCUUGGUGAUGACAUGACAACAUGCCAGACCUUCACCAUUGUGUCAGACAACGCCAUUGAAACGGACACUUUGCUGGGUGCAGUAGAUCUGUGUUUUAAGGCUUUCUUUGUGUUUGACCUCAAUUACACAAAGCAGUGUCUCCCCACCUGGGAGUUUAUCCAACAGGCAGUAUAUAACAUUGAUGGACAUGAAUCCUCAAAUGUCAAAUUUAUGAGGACAUCAAUUGCAGCUUUGGCCUAAAGGUACACAGAGAGAGAAGUAGCCUUUUAGUGAUGUGUGUCAAACAAGUUGACAGCUGCUCUCUAAAAAUAUGAUUGACACAAAACAUGAUUGCAGAAGACAGUAGGCACAAACUUUAAUUGUGUUCCUGUUAAUUCAUUUAUUUUAAUUUCUUACUUUACGUGAUUUAAUUGACUUAUUAUUUACUUAUUUAAUUUACUUCAUUUAUUUAUUUACCUUGUUAUGUUUGUGUCUGUAUAUAGUUUCUGCUGGGCAGAGAAAUGUUUUAUCUCUAUAUUUAAAUAUGUUCAUGUUAUUUAAACCUGAAAGAGAAGUUGGUCCAGAUAACAGCACUUUGUAAUAUAUCAUUUGUUUUAAGGCUCUUUUUUUUUUUUGGGGGGGGGUUGAAUUUGUAUUGUUUGCAUUGUUCUUUUAUAGUGGCCUGAAUGUUGACGAUUUGCCAAAGAUGUUCAAAUUAUGAAUAAAUGCAUUUUUAUAUAUAUAUAUAUAUACGGUGUGUUUGGAGAUUAUUCAU